AUGACUCGCCCAUCUCUGCUUGCGAUGCUGCUGGCUGGUGGCGCCGCCGCCUCUGACCUUCUCUACGUCAGCUCCAUGGACGGCAACAUCACCACGCUCAACAUGGGCAUGACCACGCCGGCGGCCGGCGGCAAGUACCCGUCCUUCAAGUCCGUGGCCAGAAACCAGGACUGCGCGCCGACUCCCUCGUGGCUGACACUCAACCACGCCGCCGGCCAGCUGUUCUGCAUUGACGAGGCCGGGGAGACGGCAAGCUCCCUGUCGUCGUACAAGACGAGCGCCGAUGGCACCCUGACGAAGCUGGGCAGGGUCGAGACCCCAAAGGGCCCCGUGAGCGGCAUCUUUUACGGCUGCAAGGGCCACGGCUUCGCCAUGGCUCACUAUGGCGGCUCCGCGAUUAGCACCUGGGACGUCAGCGACCCGGCCAACAUCAAGAAUGUGCAGACGCUCAAGUUCACGCAACCCCUCGGCCCGAAGCAAGAGGCGCCGCGCCCGCACCAGGUCAUCCUCGACCCCACGGGCAAGUACAUUGUGACGCCGGAUCUCGGCAGCGAUGUCAUCCGCCUCUACUCGUUUGAUCCCAAGAGCCUCAAGGUGACCGAGAUCCCCCCCGUCACGGUCAAGCCGGGCAGCGGCCCGCGCCACGUCGCGUUUGCCGUCCGAGGCCCCAAGACGUUCAUGUACGUCGUCACCGAGCUCGGCAACACCAUCAUCGGCUUCGAGGUCACGUACGGAGACACCAUCCAGCUCAAGGAGAUUUUCAACAUUGACGUGCACGGCGAGGGCAAGGGGGUCAUUGCCACGGCCGCCGCUUCCGAGGUUAUUGUUUCUCCUGAUCAAAAGUUCCUCAUUGCUUCUUCCCGCCGCGAAUACACCGUCAAGAUUCCCGACUUUGACGACAAGAACAAGCAGAUCGACUCGGACCCCCUCAUCAACUUCUCCAUCGACGAGGCCAGCGGCAAGCUCACCUUCAAGCAGUCGGUCUCCUCGGGCGGCCGGUUCCCCCGCCAAUUCUCCAUGAACAAGGCCGGUACCAAGGUUGCCGUCGGCAUGCAGUUUGACGCCCGCGUCGUCAUCAUCAAGCGCGACCCCCAGUCGGGCGAUCUCGGCGACUUUGAGUCGUUUUCCAACGUUUCGGGCAACAUUACCUCGGUCUUCUUUGACGAGUAA